AUGAACCAGUAUGUGAAUCGCAAGUUUAGUAACCAAUACAAGGCCACAAUCGGAGCUGAUUUCUUGACAAAAGAAAUUCAAUUUGAGGAUAGGUUAUACAUAUUGCAGUAUCUACUCUAUGGAGAGACCCUGACCAGUACUUGCAUCUUAAUUUCCAGUGAUAGUAGUGAGGACUCCCAUAUUAAGGAUCUUACAAGUGCUUCUGGAGUUUUAGAUGCGUCUAAGGGAUCUAUCUUGUCACCGGACAAAAUGUCACUUUACCAUGCUGCAAAGGUUAAAUAUGGAUUUUAUUUUAUAUGGAACAAAGUUGAAUCCUUUUUGAAAUUUGAGCCCAAAGGAUUGAGUGGCAGUAAUGUAUAUUCUCUAAUUGUUGGCAUCUCUUUGAAGAAUUACAAACAGUCCCAGAAUGACAGAAUAUGA